AUGGCACCUCUUUUGAAUGUCCUGCUUUUCUUAGCAACUACAGCUGCAGCUUUGCCUGCGCUUAGCUCUGGAAAUCAAUCCAGACCAUUCACUCAAACCAGUGUAUCUCCUUGGAACGAAGGCGCAGUGACGCAAUUUUCGAUUCACCCGAGUUGUAAUGCAACACAGCGUCGUCAAAUUGAGUUGGGAUUAGCGGAAGCUGUCACCCUUGCAGCCCAUGCUAGAGAUCAUAUCUUGCGCUGGAGAAAUGAAAGUGAAAUUUACCGAAAGUACUUUGGCAACAGGCCCACCUUGGAGGCUAUUGGGGCCUUUGAAGUUGUCGUGAAUGGUGAUAAGGAUGAUAUCUUGUUCCGUUGUGAUAACCCGGAUGGGAACUGUGCCCUCAAAGGCUAUGCUGGACAUUGGCGAGGCGAAAACGGCACGGAUGAAACGGUCAUCUGCGAUCUGAGCUAUGAGACUCGUCGUUCACUCUCAACGAUGUGUGGACUGGGCUAUACUGUCUCCGGGUCUGAGACCAAUACUUUCUGGGCUUCGGAUCUGCUGCACCGACUAUAUCAUCUCCCCACAAUCGGGCAAUAUUGGGUUGACCAUUUUGCGGAUGGAUAUGAGGAAGUCAUCAAUCUGGCCGCCGAGAACGCGACCCUGUCAACACACGAUUCGGAAACACUCCAGUACUUCGCACUAGAGGUUUAUUCUCAUGAUGUUUCUGUACCAGGAGUUGGCUGCCCUGGAGAACAACACUCACACCGUCACGACGAUGAGGUAACAGCUGACACAAGAGGGAGCGAAGCAACUGCCACAGCCACUACUAUCGAAGCCCCUUCCACGACAUCUGAUGUGCCCGCCAAUUGCCAUACCCAUGAAGGAGGGGAGCUUCACUGUACCUGA